AUGGAUUUUGGAGAUAGCUUAAGUCGCUAUAAAAUAAUCCAUAGUGAGCCGAGGGAUGAGUAUCAUUUUGUGUGGACUUGCCAUCACGCCUUGUAUGACGGUUGGUCGCUGCCAAUGGUAUUCAAGCAUCUCAAAGAUGAGUAUGAGUCCGGCACUAGUGGUUCAUGCCAAACGCCUCAGUUUCAAAGUUUUGUGAGAUACUUGAAGCAAAUUGACACUGCUGCUCAGCAAGAGUACUGGCGAGAACAAUUUUUUGGAUCUUCGCCAUCAGAUUUGUUUUCGUUCUCAUCUGCGUAUGAACCUUGUGCAGAUGAAACGCUGUCAAUAACAGUACCAGUCCUACGCCGGCUACGCUCUGAAACAACUAUGUCAACGCGCAUACGUGGUGCAUGGGCUUUGGUAAUCUCAUGCUACACAGGCUCGUCAGAUGUUAUCUUUGGUUGCGUUCUGAACGGCCGUAACGCCCCUGUGGUGGGUAUCGAUCGGAUUGUAGCCCCAACUAUCGCGACCGUUCCAAUCCGCGUUCAACUAAACAGCGCCCAUGAUAUUUCGAAAUACCUUGAAAGUCUCCAGAAGCAAUCCAAUGGAAUGAUCCCGUAUGAGCAAACUGGCUUGCAGAAUAUUCAACUAGCGUCCCCAGAGGCUCGGGUAGCGACCAACUUCCAAACCCUACUCGUUGUUGAACAACAGCAGGUAGCUGUGGAUGAAAAGGAUUAUUCUUUGCGAGUAGAAGACAUCUCCAGAAACCGUCUAGACUUCACCCGAUAUCCAGCCACUCUCGUAUGUAAUUUGGGGGCAGAUGAUAUCAAAUUCGACAUCAAAUUCGACUCAGAUUUAAUUCCUGCCGUUCAAAUGCAACGAAUGAUGAAUCAUUUUAAAAAUGUAUUUGGAGCACUCUGUCAUGAAGAUCCUCGAUUGACCAUCGAAGACAUCAACAGACCUAGCCCGGAAGAUUUGGCAGAAAUAGUCGGCUGGAACGGAACACUCCCAAACAUAGUCAACUCUUGCAUACACGAUUUCCUAGACCAGCGCGCCGUAGAAUAUCCCAACGCCGUGGCGAUUGACUCUUGGGAUGGCCAGUUGACAUACGAGGAAUUGAGGCUACAAUCCUCCAAAUUAGCAAAUUAUUUAACAACUUGUGGAGUCAGCUCCGGAACCAUGGUCCCUCUUUCUUUCGAAAAGAGUGUAUGGGCAGUCAUUGGUAUGAUAGCAAUAUUGAGAGCUGGGGGAGCUUGUGUUCCCCUCGAUCCUUCAUACCCACGAUCUCGCCUUGAAACAAUUCUUGCCCGCCUGAAGACUCAGCUAUUGCUUACAUCACCUUUACAUGCGCCAGAUUUCAAGGGUCUACAUCAAAAAGUGAUAGUAUUGGAUAGAAGUCUACUGGAACAGGCACCAACCAAGUCUAGCUCUGUCUUGAUUCAACCUGGCGACGCCGCAUUUGUCCUGCACACAUCCGGGAGUACGGGCAUACCCAAGGCCAUCGUUCUAGAACAUAAAUCUCUUUGCACUAGCUUGUAUGAGCAUGGAGCUGUUGAAUGUUUGGGUCCUGAAAGCCGUGUGGUACAAUUCGCGGCGUACACUUUCGACGUGAGCAUAAGCGAUAUUUUUGCGACAUUGAUGUAUGGUGGCUGCAUUUGUAUUCCAUCAGAACUGCAGAGGCUCAACGAUCUGGCUGGGUUUAUCAACAGCAUGCAAGUCAACCAGGCUGGCCUGACUCCAGCUGUAGCAAAUCUAUUAGAUCCUUCAGAGGUGCCUUGCCUCAGGUAUCUGAAACUGGGUGGAGAGUCAAUGACGCAAGAUAAUAUAGUGAAAUGGUCAACCAAAGUCAACCUUCUAAACAGUUAUGGCCAGGCAGAAUGUUCUGUGAAGUCGGCCUAUAAUGCAUGGCUGGGGCCAGACUCAGAUCCUUCAACGAUUGGGAAACCUGUGGGAGGAUCAUUAUGGAUUGUCCACAAGGACGACCAUCGCCGGCUUGUGCCUAUCGGUGUUAUAGGAGAGUUGGUCGUGGAAGGCGAUAUACUAGCACGAGAGUAUCUUGAAGAUCCCAAGAAAACAGAAGAAGCGUUUCCAACUAGUCCGAGGUGGCUUCAAAAAGCACAAGGUCGGCGGAGUGAGCGAAUUUUCAAAUCCGGCGAUUUGGCUAAA